AGGGCGACACAGCGCCAUUACCCGGAUGAGACACAAUGCCGAGUGAAAUGUGCGGAAACAACAUGGAGUAGAUCAGAGGAACAGCGCUUUAGUUCUCAACAACGGUCAGGUAGGAGAUGAAGGUGAAGAUAAAGCAGUGGCAUGGUGUGGCUUCAUGGCUCUGGGUGGCCAAUGAUGAAAGCUGUGGCAUCUGCAGAGCUCCGUUUAACGGCUGCUGCCCAGACUGUAAAGUCCCAGGAGAUGAUUGCCCUCUGGUGUGGGGUCAGUGCUCACACUGCUUCCACAUGCACUGCAUCCUGAAGUGGCUGAACUCGCAGCAGGUGCAGCAGCAGUGCCCCAUGUGCCGGCAGGAGUGGAAAUUUAAAGAGGGAGAAACAGCAUGAGGGGAAAGAAACAAACCUGCAGCAUCAAAUCACUUGUUUUACUCUGAAAGUAAAAUUAUACUGUUUACUCCUGCUUACAUCUUUACACACACACACACACACACACACACAAACUAGCCACCACUACGCUAACUCGCACGUCACACGAGAAGGAUUUCAGUACCAGUGGAUUUUUCGUCCUUGUUUUCUCACCAACGUUUCAGAAACAAAAAAAACCAUCACAAUGCGUUCAGUGUUACCAUGACAACCACCACCACAUUUCUUUGCAGACACAAACAUCGUUGUCUGAUUGUCUUUUAAAUACCGAUUUCCAUUGGCCCAAAUGUGAUGUUGAAGAUUAUUGUGGCAUCACAACUAAUAUUGCAUAUGUAGCCCCGCCCCCUUGUCUUUCUUUUGUUUGUUUGUUUAAAUAUAGUUUUUUUUUUAAUGAAACAAAAAACGCUGACUCUGAAUUUCUUAAGGUGUUAAUACAGUUUCUUUUUAUUUGUUUUUCGGGAAAAUAAAAGAAUCUCCUGGUGGUUUUGGGGAAAGAACAGGACUGUGGUUAAAUCUGUUGAAAUAAAUAAACAAACGAGACGAACACGA